CCCUCCCCCACCUCCCAACCUGGCUCCCAACACACCUCUAGGUGGAGGGGCAGGAGGACUGGCACAGGCUCUGGCAGCGGCCAAACUACGUAGAGUUUCAAGGUCGGACAGUGAUGCAGAUAACAUGUCUCCGGCGGAGAAGGCUCGGUCCAGCGGCGGGGUGCCGGCCAUACCCGGGGGCAUGAUGGACGAGAUGGCCGCCAGGCUAGCACAAAGGCGUGCUGCACAGAAUGUGAGUAUCAACCCUGAGCGUCGAAUGCAGAAAGAGCAAGAGGAGGGAGGAGGAGAUGCCAAGUCUUCACCCAACGCAAAGGUUAACAGCACAGAUGCAAAGGGCAGGCCAUGGGAGAACAGGUCUCCCAACAAGUUUGGAGCAACAGGCAGGAGUGAAAGUACUAACGGCUCCAACAAGGGCCCCACCAACGGUGGCAGUCAGUCUCCCAAGUUUGCCAGGACGUCUUCUGUAAACGGAGGGUCGCCACCUCUGGAAGGAGACCUAGACAGAUUGAAACAGGAAAUUCUGGCAGAAGUGAGGAAAGAAGUGAGCAAAAUGAAAGAAGAAAUAAUUGAUGCAAUAAGGCAAGAAAUCAGGGCAGAAUUCAACAGGCGAUAGACCAGAGAAUGACACAAGUGAAGAAAAGGCAAAAUGAAGAGGAGGAGGAGGAGGAGAGUACACAGCAGUGAACUGAUGGGGGCAGCUCAUUGGUCUGUUCUCACAGGAUGGAGCAGGGCAUUGUGGGAACCAUCUCUAAGAGAUGACACAUUAAAUACAGAGGUGGUUGCUGUACCCCGUAAAAACUCCCUGGGGCUUAGAUAGCUAUUUCAUGGGUAAGCUUGGCCUUACCCUAAUUUUGUAGUUAAUUACAGAAAGACAGUCGGGACAUUCAGGUGUAGAAAUCAAACGGUGGUUCCUAGAAAUUUUGUUGUAGAAGUCUUAAACCAUCUCCCUCGACUGAAUGUGCUGUUGCCCUGUCCAACAUGUUUUAGGCUGGAAGCCAUGGUGUCUUUUAUCUGCCACCAGGAAGACUGUAGACAAA